AUGAUCCCCUGUGACGAAUCCGAAUGCGGCACGCAGCUUGAGCAAGGCGACCGGAAUAAUGCAUUUCGGAUUCUCGCCCUGAUGUAUAUCAAAUAUAUCCAAGUUCUUCGGAGUAUAGAACAGUGUUACGAUCAGUUCGUUCACCCACAAAAACGUCGCUUACUGAAACAACUCUUGGAGGCAAUAAUCGGUCGACUUUUGGAGAUCAAGCACGAAAUGGUGAAGCUUGAAUUGUCUGAGUACCACUAUUUUGAUGACAUUCUUGUGGAUCUGAAGCUGACGCCAAAUGACGUAGAGAUACCUAUCCCCAAAUACUUCAUCUUCGAUAAUUUUCGCAUGCUAAAGGACCGGGAGCACUUUCUUGACCAACUGCUUGGAGGGGGAGAGCCGACCGAGGGAGAGGAACACGAACCUCCAAUGACAAGAGACGAGGCAGUGCGACUCAUUCAGCGCCACGAACGUGCUCGUCAAGGUCGAUUGCGUGCAAAGUUUAUGCGUGAAAUUCGAAGACAAGAAGAAUCGGGCAAAACGACCGAGAAAAUUCAGAAGACUAUGAAUCCACAGGAUGCCGUCAUUCUUUUGCAAACUCUAUGGAGAGGAGUUCUAGCGCGGCGACAAGUGCGCAAACUUAGACAUGAAGAGCUUGUUUGGUUGGGAAUGAUCCCGGGCAACCUGAACUUGCUGCUACAUAAAUCCAACGUGGUCAAACUUGCACAGCGUGUGGAGGCAGUGCGAAGGGUGACUCAGAGUAUUUUCGAACAGGAAUACCAAGAUGCCCUCAUCAAAGUGAAAGAGAAAAUACGAGAGAGUGAAGGAAAUGACAUGCGGGAGAUGAUGCAAGAUCAAAUUCGUCAGUGGUUCGUUGAAUGCAGAGACGUCACUGGCAAAUUUCCAGAUUAUCCGGAUGAGGAUGCCGGAGGGUCAGCAGCUGUGUUCAGAGAGAAAAAGCCAGAAGAGUUGGAACAGGAAUUAAAGGAGAAGGAGGAAGCCGCAUUGAAGCAGAAGGGGAAGAUGAGUGGAAAACCAGAAAAGCUCCCCCCGAAGAAGGAUGCAAAGAAGAAAGAGAGCGAACCGGAAGGUUGGCGUAUCGGACCCUCCGUUUUCCUUGACGAUUUGAAACAAGGUUGUCACAAAUAUGAAACAUUCUGGGCAAAACGUGACGAAACGAGUAAUUUUGCUCAGCAUCACGAUGAGGAAAUUAUCAGAGAAGACAAACGCGCCGAAGUUGAAGCCGAAGUCCGCAUCCAGGUCGACGAGUUGUUGAGGACAGAACUAAGAAAUCUGAAAAUUUCAAUCGACAAAGAGAAACUUCGACGAGUGGCGAAAAAGAAAGGAAGAAAAGGCCGUAAAGGAAAGAAGGGUAGGCGAGGACGAAAACAAAAAGAUCUGACUCCUGACAGAACCCUCAUUUCAUUAUACGAAGAACUGGUGCUUGCUGAUAUUAUCAAGAAAGUGAAAAAGACACAGCUGUCUGAUUUUCUUGGGGAAUACUCAUUCCUCGGAACUACCCUCCGACAGGCCAACAUUGAGCCACAGCCAAGUCUCAGUGAUGUACGUCGGCUCCUGACCGAGUAUGCAAUAUUGCCCCUGGGUUCACAGACUGUUCACGAAAAGGCUCCUCAUAUCAAAUCCAUACUGCUGGCCGGACCACGGGGGACAGGGAAACGCAUGUUGGUGCAUGCAAUUUGCACGGAAACCGGUGCAAAUCUGUUCGAUCUGUCGGCCACAAAUCUGGUUGGCAAGUAUCCCGGAAAAGAAGGACUAAAAAUGCUAGUGCAUCUGGUAUUCAAAGUGGCUUUGCUUCUCCAACCAUCAGUCAUAAUGGUAAAUGAAUGUGAGAAGAUGAUGAAGAAAAAAAUUCCAAAAACCGACCUUACGGACCCCAAACGACUCAGGAAAGAACUGCCUAGAGCUAUGAAGACGAUCCGUCCAGGGGACAGAGUCUUACUUGUCGGUUGUUCCUCUGCCCCGUUUGAAGGUGAAAUCAAGCCAAUGUGUAGUUUGUACCAGAAGAUCAUACUGAUACCAAGACCCGAUUUUUCGUCCCGAAGUCUUCUAUGGCGCGCGUUGAUCGUUCGGCACGGAGGUCAGCUGACUUCAGCGUUGGAUACAGUGUCGCUUAGUAAAGUAUCCGAUGGCUAUACAGCAGGCCAAAUUGACUUUACUUGUAAGCAAGUUCUGACCGACCGACGAGUAGCUCAGCUGAGCAGAAAACGAUUAGUCGCCUCGGAGUUCAUCCCUCCACUGGCUACACUGGAUCCAGUCUAUGCAGAGGAGGAAGAAGCCUACAAGGUGUGGUACAGGAAGACACCACUCGGGAAGCAGAAGGCCUUGGCUAUGGAACGCGAGGCAGAAGCUGUCGCCGCUGCCGGUGCGAAGAACCAAAAGGGACAAAGAGGUGGAAAGAAAAAAUAACUCGGGAGGAAUUGCAGAGGAUAGAAUAGGGAAGUAUCCUCACAUAAUAGUACUCUGUAUAAAUAUCUUGAUUGCUUUCUCUUGAAUGAAUAAAUACUGACUUAAAGUUGUUAGAUGUCUUCCAGACUCACUCUCCUUCGGUAUUGAGGCAACCAAUCAGAUUGCGGAAAUAUAAAUAAGCUGC